UCCGCCAUACUGGAAUUUGCACCUCGUGGUGCUCGCACUUGUUAAAGUCAAACUCACCUGGAAUCUAGCGUACUCCAGGAUAAAUUUAUCAAAAUGCCAACAAGUAACCCAUUACCCCCAAAAGAGAAUGCUCUGUUCAAAAGAAUAUUGAAAUGCUAUGAACAGAAGCAGUACAAGAAUGGGUUGAAGUUUGCAAAACAGAUUCUAACAAAUCCCAAGUUCUCAGAACAUGGAGAAACUUUAGCAAUGAAAGGUUUGACACUGAACUGUCUAGGUCGCAAGGAAGAGGCCUAUGACUAUGUUCGACGUGGGCUUCGGAACGACCUGAAGAGCCAUGUCUGCUGGCAUGUCUAUGGCCUUCUCCAAAGGUCCGACCGCAAGUAUGACGAGGCGAUCAAGUGCUACCGCAAUGCUCUCAAGUGGGACAAGGACAAUCUUCAGAUCUUGCGAGACUUGUCGUUGUUACAGAUACAGAUGCGAGAUCUUGAGGGGUACAGGGAAACAAGGUACCAGCUGUUGCUGCGGCCAGGUCAACGAGCAUCAUGGAUUGGCUACGCUAUGUCAUAUCAUCUUCUCAAAGAUUAUGAUAUGGCUCUCAAGAUUCUUGACGAGUUUAGGAAAACGCAAAUGCCCAAGCCACUUGACUACGAACAUUCAGAACUGCUGAUGUACCAAAACCUGGUGAUGAGAGAGGCAGGGAUGUAUCAGAGGGCACUAGACCACCUAAAGACGUUUGACCACCAGAUCGUCGAUCGCCUCUCCCUCCAAGAGAUAAAAGCGGAGAUCCUUACCAAGUUGGGCCGUGCUUCAGAAGCUGUGGACAUCUAUCGAGAUUUGAUCAACAGAAAUCCAGAAAAUUGGGCAUAUUACGGAGGCUUAGAAGAAUCUGUCAAUCCAGCAACGGAAGCUGAACGCCUACAGCUGUACAGGGAUGUGCAUGAGAAGUAUCCAAGGGCGUCCACACCAAGGAGAAUACCAUUAACAUUCUUAACAGAUGGCGUUUUGAGGGGAAUUGAUCAUUUCUGUAUCCAUCUAUUUCUGUUUCAGGUGAAAAUUAUAGAAGAUCUGAUCCUAGACUAUGUGAAUAAUUUGAGUACUACAGGAUACUUUGAUGCCAAUGUGGGUGAGAAUGAAGAGAAGGAGCCAGCUACCGCCUUGCUGUGGACAUACUAUUACCUGGCUCAGCAUUUUGACUACCUCGGUGACAUCCGGAAGGCCAUUCACUACUGUGAUCUGGGCCUGGAACACACUCCAUUGUUGAUAGAGCUUUACGUCCUCAAGGCCAAACUACACAAGCAUGCAGGUGACAUUGAGGAGGCUGUGCGGCUGAUGGACGAAGCCCAAAGUCUUGACACAGCCGACCGCUAUAUAAACUCCAAGUGUGCCAAGUACAUGCUGCGUGGUAACCUCAUUCAGGAGGCGUCCGAUAUGUGUGCCAAGUUCACCAGGGAGGGUGUUUCUGCAACAGAGAACCUGAACGAGAUGCAGUGUAUGUGGUUCCAGACGGAGAGUUCUGCCGCACACCAGCGUCUGGGCAAGUGGGGCGAUGCCCUCAAGAAGUGCCACGAGAUAGAUAGGCAUUUUACAGAAAUCAUUGAGGACCAGUUUGACUUCCACACCUACUGCAUGAGGAAGAUGACGUUACGGGCGUAUGUUGGCCUGUUGAGGUUAGAAGACAAAUUGAGGAGUCACCCCUUCUACUACAGGGCUGCUAGGAUAGCAAUAGAGAUCUAUUUACAUUUACAUGACCACCCGUUUACGGAACAUGAACAAGAAAAUAACCUAGAUACAGAAAAUCUUAGUCCUAGUGAACUGAAAAAGAUGAAACGGAAACAGCGGAAGGCAGCCAAGAUAGCAGAGAUGGCUCGGGAACGGCAAAGAGCAGAAAUGGAGAAGAGGGAGUUACAGAACAAGAAAAGCCAGGAUGGAGAUCUGGAUGGUCCCAAGGAAGAGGAGCUUGUGCCAGACAAACUGGCUAAGGCUGAAGACCCUCUGGAACAGGCCAUGCGCUUCAUGAGGCCCCUGCAGCUUCUGUCACCUCGGAGGGUAGAAACACAUGUUUUAGCUUAUGAAAUUUACUCUAGGAAAGGAAAAUUAUUACUGAUGUUGCAGUCCAUAAAGCGAGGUUUCCAGACCGACCCAUACGAUCCCCAGUUCCACAUAUGUAAAAUUAGGUAUCUUCAGCUCGUGAAGAAGAGUGAGCUGAGUGAACCCUUGAAGUCUGUGAUAAACCAGGAAGUGGAGCGAGUGUACGAGGGGAAGUCCGCAAACACGCUCAACGACGAGUUCAUUGCUAGAAACUCCAAAUCCUUAGAACAUCUACUUGCAGGCGCCCGAAUGAUGUACGAGCUAGACCAGGCUACACAGGUGAAAGCAAUCUCCUUGGCAACAUCUUUGUCCAAUGAUAUCAAAGGAGUUACAAUCAAGAACUGCAUAGCAGUAUUGGAAUGUUUGUGCCGAGGAGACUUCGGCAGUUGCGAGAAAGACGCCCAGGACUACCAGGCCCGAUGUCAUAAUGUGUUUCCAUAUGCAACCGCGUUCAUCAUCCCUCCCUCCACACAGCCUGAUCAGAUUGUUGCCAAUGGCUCGACGUCAUAGAACCUGACACACUGUGAUACUCUUGUAAUUCACACUCCCCAUGCGGGAGACUUGUUAUGGCCGACACAAAGUCCUUAUUCUUGGAUUUUGGCAUUGAUGUCCUGGUACUUUCACCCAAGAGGUGUUUCACGUGCUACCAGGAAUGUAGAAACAUUGAACCAUGUUAUACACUACAGGGAAGUGUUUGACACAUUGAAAACUACAGUGUACACACAAAUACAACCCAGGGCGAGGUUUGUUUUGGGCUGUAAAUUCAGCUUAUCACGAGACGCUUUACUGAUCUCUCUGGAAAAGCUGACACUGUUCUUCUAUCGUUGAUCCACACAGUGCUUCUGGACCUAUUCCCAAACAAUGUCAAGAUCUUUUACACUACUCCAAUGUGUAAAAAGGUUCAAAGCAAAGAUACAAAUUGAUGUGAUUUUUGUAUGGAUUGUGUUUCUUCCGUCUUCAGUACAUAGAGAAUAUUUGAGAGGUGAUACAAACCAUUUUUGCAUAGAAAUGGGACCUGUGCCACAUUAAACUAGAAUAUUGACUCUUCACAACAGGAGAUGUAUUCCUGAGAACUUAUAUUCAUUGUAUGACAUGUCACAGCUGAUGUUUUCCUUUCAAACAGCUGAGUUUUCACUUAUCAGCUGAAUUUGACUUGUCACGAACCAGCAUUUCUACCCCCAGUUUUGUAUUUCUUGUGCUGCAUCUGCUGAAAGCGGAAACGUUCAGUUGUACAGAACAUAGCAUAUCUUUGAGAGCUUUACCCUGUGGACUGUAAGGGAUGGAAGAGUCAUCUCAAGUUCUUGGAAUUUUAUUUAUUGGAAUAUGUUUUUGGGGAAGUAGUAUGGGAAUACUUCCGAUGUGCCAAGACAUGUAGCUUAUCGUUGCUCAAACUACCGGAGCAAGGAACGUCUUCAUAUGGUUCAUUGUGUUUUCCUCAAUGUGGCUACAAGCUUUAUUUAUGUCAGACCCCUGACCAUUACAAAAUGAAUCAUGAAUGAAAUUGAAUGCUCCAGUUAAUAAAUGAGAUAAGAAAAUGUAGGGUGCUUUAGAGGAAUUCAUGCUACUGAGACUCCUGAUUGAAAAGAAUGUAAUCUCGGCUUCCAAGUUAAUCAUAGUUUGGAUGUUUCAAAUGAACUGGGAAAAUUAUCAUUCAUGGCUUGUGAUCCAUUAAUACUUAAAAUAUUUCUUUAGAGUUGAACACAAUGCUGUGCUUUAAAUAUGACAAUAUUGUGUGGGAACAUCAAUCGUUUAAGUUAGUGUAUGGCGUUAUGUCUAUCAUAACAUGAGCCCCAUUAUAGCUAUACAUAUCAUACGACAGCUACCGGAGUCGAUACAGAAUAUUACUUCUCCGGAGUUUGAUCAAGCCAGGGCUUAUUUAGCAUCCAGGUAGUCAUUGUAUUGGGGACAUGGAGUAGCCUAAUGGUUAAAGCGCUUACUCAUAACGCCAAAAAACUGGGUUUGAUUCCUCACAUGGGUACUAUGCGUGAAGCCCACUUCUGGUCUCUUCAACCAUGUUAUUGCUGGAGUAUUGAUGAAAACGGCAUAAAACCGUUCUCUCUCAUUGUACUAGACCUUCCACAAUCUUAAUCUGUCUGUGAUUUUUUUUUUUUUUUUUUUUUUGCCGGUGCCAGCUUUGCUAAUCUAUAAUGAAGAGACCACCUAUAUUCAGAAUAUUAGUGUCUUAUAUCUGGCCAAAAUAAGUUUCCACACUGAAGAGUUAACUCUCUUCUGCUAGUGUUAUUAAAUCUGAAUAAACAAGAUUAUUGUUUGCGUGUCACUGCUAAUUCAAAAUUAGGAUCUUUCAUUUGUAAUUUCAGGUAUACAAGGCAAUGGAAUUAUUGACAUUUAUCUGUAUCAAAUCUUAUUACUUAAUUAACUUGUAAGUGAAACAUCUUUUGUUGGUUCUAUACAGUUGUAUUAAAGCACUCAAAAUCAUCUUGUAAAUGCUUCUUAUGACACCAGUUGAGAUAUUUGAUUUACGUGUAACAUGAUUGAUUCAUGUACUUGCACUCUGGAUGAACUAUUUCAGGGAAUACAAACCCAAAAACAUUUGUGCCAGAUAAGUUAUUGCUUGAUGAAAUUGAUUGAAAAAUCCUUGUAAAGCCUGUCCCAUUUGUUUAGUAAUUGUCCCCGUGAAGAUCAGGGUUAUAAUUUGUCCUCAGCAACCCAUACUUGUCAUAAAAAGUGACUAACAGGAUCGGGUGGUCAGACUCGCUAUCUUGGUGGACACGUCUUCAUAUUCCAGUUGUGUAGAUCGAUGCUCAUGCUGUUGAUCACUGGAUUGUCUGGUCCAGACACAGUUGUUUACACACUGCUGCCAUAUAGCUGGAAUAUUGCCGAGUGUGGCAUAAGACAACAAACCAAACCAAAAUCUGUAGUAAAUAGGCAUUAUAGGAAAGGUAUGAUACUUUAUGAAUAACAAAAACUUGGUAGGAAUAGUCAGUGAUGGUGAACAGUAAGAACCAAUAUCUUCAUUGCCGAAAAAUUCAUGCUAUGAUGUUGAAUAUUAGAAGCAGUAGUACCUACCAGUUAUGAAUACUGUGAAAAAUGUCUACAUAAUGGAUCUACAUUUAUAGAUUUGUCUGUAAUAGUUUAUUUGGGAAAGAAAUAUUGUAAACUUACGAUAGCUAUAGCGAUGAACCUCUUAAAGAAAAUCAUUUUCAAUCUUAUUACAGCAUUUGCGUUAAAAUACAGGUAAUUAGCGAGACAAUACAUUCAUUGUCACUGGAGCGUAAUUAAGGAUUUUCACCAGUCUAUAUAUAUUUGUGUAGUGAUGGUGGUUUAACAGAAUACUCUUGGUCACGUAACUGAAAUAUUUCAUAAUAGGUCUGUAAAUAUAAAAAGCUAUGGCGAUGCACCAUAUCUGCCAAAACUUAGAUUUUUCUAAUUUGCCAAGGACUUUCAAUUAGUGGUGUGUCACCUUAUAUAGAUCCAUACUAUCAUUACCCUGGAAAAUGCUUGUGUAUUUACAGUAUGCCGUGAUGAAGCUGGGAAUUUGCUGACUACGACACUGACAUAGUGGUACUUGGUUACACAACCUUUAUUCAAGAGAUUUUGUUUUGCUUUAAUAUUUACAACUCGUUUUCAUUGAUAAGAUUAGUGUGUAAAAUGAUACGUCAACAGUGCAAUGUCAGUAUCAGAUUGGGGCUAGAAGUGUGAUUGUCAUGGCCAGUGAAGAACUUGCUCAUUUAGCAUCAGUAACAAACCUUACAACUGGGGUCGGAUGACUUCCUGUUUGGACCAAUGGGUGGUUAGCCUUUUCAUCAUAUGUAAGUUUAACUUAAACAGGUAAAGGUUUGAGAAAUAUGUAAAUUGAUCAGUAACAGACCUACUGCCUUCAACUAGAGGUUAAAGGUGUUUCUUUAGCUUUGCAGAAUUACUUCCCUUAUCUGCACCAGGAUCUGAUGGUAGUUAUUUUUUACAAGACAUAUCCUAAAACUGUCAGUCCAAAUGAAACACAUUGGGUUAACCUAGUGGUUAAGGCUUUCCUUCUCACGCUGAAGACUCGGGUUCGAUUCCCCACAUGGGUGCAAUGUGUGAAGCCAAUUUCUUGUGUCCACCUGCCGUGAUAUUGCUGGAAUAUUGCUAAAGGCGGCAUAAAACCGUACGCACUUGCUCACUCCCAAAUGAAACGCAAUAGGUUCACUGAUACGUUGAUUCUGCAAUCGAAUUUUGGGGGGUAUUUUUUUUAAAAAAAUUAAAUUGCCUUCCCUAGUUUGACACUACUCCUGAUAGUUGCUGUGGAGCAUGAGAGAAAUGAAAAUAUCAUGAUUGUCUUCAAAUUGCAUGACAAUCUGGUAUGCAUAAAGGUUUUCAUAAUUAACAUAUUACUCAAUUUUUUAUAUGGAUAAUCAAAUGUCAUUCCAUUUAAGUAUAUACCUGACAUGAUAUGGAUCAGUUAUGUGUAUUGUGGAAUAAUAAAUGUCCCUAUUUAAAGUGGAGUAGUAUACCUUUCCGUUUGAAUGCAGGUUAGUGGGAGUCAAGCAUUAGAAAUUAAACUUGUGAAAUGUUAUGUACAUUAAGUUAUUGCAUCAUACCAUUUCGUUUGUCUGUGUUUAUUGAAACAGUUUUGCAUAAUUAACAUGGAAUGCCGACAGAUACAUUCAUCAAUCUGUUCUGGAUCAACUUUCAAAGGUGUUAAUUUUGAAAAAUUCUGCUUUUUGAAAAUAAUUGAUUCAUAUUUUGUCUUGGUCAAUUUUUGUUGUUUUCAGACAAAUGUGUAUUCUUUCAGAGGAGCCGAACCCUAAGAUUCACUGUAAAAAGUAUCAAAUUAAUUUAAAGUAUUAUUUCGACAUUUUAUGCUUCAUUUGUUUGAGAAUGUGCAAAACAACUCUUGAUUUAACAAAGAAAAUCUGCUGACCUUGAAGAUAAUGAUGAUACUAUCAAUUUCCUUCCUCAGUGUCAAGAUAUGCAGAGUACAUGAGGCAUUGUUGUAUGUAGUAUGAAGAUAAGUAAAUACAAGAUCGACAUGGUGUUAAGAUUUGGUAGAUCAACAGUGGACAUCUAUAUUUCCUUGCUGGUGACGGCACUCCCCUCUUCUGCUCUACGAAUGACAAGGAGGGCAUUAUGCUGUGCAUUAUCUCAGCGUAAUCAUGUCAAAGUUAGUCUAGGUGUUAACUCCUGUGUUGUUCAUUCAUGAAUUGAAUGCAGAAUGUGUGAGUCUGACUAGAUGAUACUCUAGGGUGAUUCUAUCUUUUAAUAAAUAACGUGAAACCAAACCUUCAGGAUACUCGAAAGCCUUUUAUCAAUUUAUUUGAACUGUUUAAAACCUAUUGCGGUUUGUUUUGUGUGUGCAGAGUUGCUUCCCUUAGCCGUGCCAUGAUCUGCUGCACAUUGAUUCUGAUUCCAGAUUUGCCAUGAUUAUGAACCUUGGUACCAUAUCUGGGUUGCACCAAAAUGAUUGACUGAGCUUUAUCAUUUAAUGCUUCCCACCUGUAACGUUAAUGUUCUGUGAUAUAACUGCUAACUGAAAUACUGUUUAUGGUAUCAGUUGUCUUGAUCCUUGACAGUUUUAAUUGAUCAAUGUAACCCCCUCAGACCACCGAUUGGCUGAUAGCAGCAUCUGGCUGUGUCAUCGAUUUGACCUGUGAAGGGACUAGCACCAAGAUAGAAUUACCUUGGAGUAUAAAGGUUUGAUUCUGAUGUGUGCAUGGAUAUUACAGAAGAAUGUUCCUGCAGUUGAAAGAAUGAGUUACUGUACAAUAACAAACUAAGUCAUAUUUCUCUGUACAAUGCUGCAAUUACAACCAUCUCUGACAUUGCAGCCCUGGUUAACAACUGCAUUUGCUAGCCGAUAGUUGACUAUGUUCACAUCAUACAUUUGUUUUUGUCAUAGAGUGUGAAGAAAUUGAGUUGCAUUUUUAUGCUCAAAAUCUCCUGUGCUGGUGUUUCGUUGAGGAUUUUUUUAAUCAAAUGACACAGCCAAGAAGAGAGCGAUUACCCAGACAUAGAUGUUGAUAGUUGGUAGAUGGAAUAUGAGUAUAUGAAAGUCUGCAAACAUAGAUUCCAUGUACUCGUGGCAGUAUUUGAGGAAAAUAUACACUUUUGAAUGAGCUUGAUAUGUCUUGUUGGAUUGAGUUGUGUGUAAUGUUACAAGACAUUAAUGAAACCUAAUACAUAGAUAUUAAUUUUCUGAAAUAAACAUGUUAAAUAGGAGACAAAACAAUAUAUGCUGACCAAUUUGGGAGACAUACUUUUUGAUAAACAAAAUGAUAAAAAAACAGCAUAAUUUAUUUUAAAAAAUGAAAGGUUCUGCAAAUUCUGAUGUCCCAGAUUUUUCCAGCAGAUAUUUUCCAGAUUUUCAACAGUAUCCUCCCAAGUUUGAUGUAUCAUUUUAAAUGAGUAUUGUUUGAACAAUGGAAAUACACAGAUAAUUAAGUUAUUAAAUAUUAAUCUUGAAUUUAAACAUUCUGCUUAUGUUAACUACCUGUAGUAGUGGGUGGUGUCGAAGGUAUUGUCACAAUUUGACAUACACACUUAGAAGUGACAGCUCCUAAGUUGUGAUGCAAUCUUUGAAAGUUAAGUCUGUAUACAAGAACAUCUCAGUUUCAUGGGGUUUUCAUAAUGAUUCAUUAAAACAUGCAUUGUUGCAAAAUUGAAAUUAAGUAUAGAUUUGUUAAUUUGGUAAAUUUUGGAAACAAGUUUUAGCCUGGAAUAGUCAAGCUAGAUUUGCAUCACAACUUAUAAGUAUUGGUAGCAAAUAUGACUUGUGAAAAAAUUGUAUAUUUCUUUGCAAUAUGAUAGUUCAAAUUUCACUGGUAUAUUUGCUAUGGGCUUGUAUGAAAAGGUCAUCAAUGCUUUGAGAAGAGCGUGGGCAGGCGUUGGUUGGUUUUGGGAUACAUGCCUGUUACUGUCUAUGUGUGUCAAUGUCAGAUACUGAUAGACACCGCUGUAUGAUAUGAAAGAUAGCCAUGUGCAGCUAGUGGUAAACAGGUUCUCACCACUACUACUGCUGCACAUACAGUUGUUGCCCGAAACAGUGCUGUUUGAGAAUGUUUCUGUGUGCUAUAUGUGAAUAAAUUCAUCUUUUUUAUGCAUUCCUA